AUGCGACUUGUUAACGCCAAGACUUUUGCAAUAGAGGAAUUUCCCGACUUUUGUGUACCUCCUUAUGCUAUACUUUCACAUACCUGGGGCAGCGAUUCUGAAGAGCUCAGCUUUCGCGAUGUUGAGGCGAGAAAUAUAGAAAAGCCAGGCAUAGGAGCUAUCAAAUUUCGAGGAUGUUGCCAACAAGCCAUCAAAGAUGGGAUUGGCUACGCUUGGAUUGAUACCUGCUGCAUCGACAAGACAAACUUCGUUGAACUCAGCGAGGCGAUAAACUCCAUGUUCCGAUGGUAUCGGCAGGCUGCUAUCUGCUACGCUUUCUUAUCCGACGUUCCAAGCAAUGAGAACCCACAGGAAAAAGACUCCAAAUUCCAGAAAAGCCGGUGGUUUCAAAGGGGUUGGACUCUUCAAGAGCUUGUUGCACCCAAAAUAUUACGAUUCUACGGCACUAUUACUUCUUCUGGCACAUGCAGCGCGCAAGAUACCGCCAAUGGCAAUGCGAUUCGAGAUUGGCGCCUAUUAGGGACAAAAGGAAACAUGAGUACCACCAUUGAGUCAAUUACGGGCAUACCGCGCGAAUACCUAUUAGGCAUUGCCCAGCUUCACACUGCAAGUGUUGCGCAGCGAAUGUCAUGGGCGGCACAUAGAGAGACAAAACGAAAGGAAGAUCUUGCAUACUGCCUCUUGGGAAUCUUUGACAUUACAAUGCCGAUGAUUUAUGGGGAAGGUCGUGAUCAAGCAUUCUUUCGGCUGCAAGAACAGAUUAUGAAGGUUAUUAAAGAUGAUUCCAUACUGGCAUGGGGAAUUACGAAAUCGCAAUCUGUCAAUGAAAUACAAUCUGCCAAUUCGACAGGCAGAGCCGUGGCGGGUAGAGUCAUGGCAAAGACACCCCUGGAAUUUGCAAACUCUGGACAUAUCAUACGCCGAGAACAAUCUUUACAAUACACCAGAGCAGUCGACAUAUCUGGGGGUAGCGUUCGAGCUCAUUUGCCGCUCCAUAUUACUCCUACUGGCCAGAUGUUUGGGCUACUUAGCUGCGGGCCAGAGAAUGACGCGCAGCAAAACGUGUCAAGCGACAGCCAUGCUUCGAAAUACGACCAGGACCAAUCGACACAACAGUGGAACUGA